CAAAGUGCUUUGAUACCGCCAAAAUUAAUUUAUUCCCUUUCAAAAUGAUUGUCAUUGCCGCAUGAUUGAGCCUUCUUCGCCGAUCAUCGAAUCGAAUAAAACUCACUACUACCAGAUACGGCACUCCGACGGCGACGGUGAUGGUGAUGGACUCUCCUGAUUCAGUUUUUGUUUCUGCAGUAGGCGCAGCCGUAAUGUUGCGUGUCUCCCUUUUUUGGUUCCUUCUGGUAAUCGGAAUCUGGAGCUUUCAUUGCGGAUUGCAGCGUUCUGGGUACUCUAUGGCCGCAGUUCCAGGUGAUGAUACGUACACGUGCAACGCCGACUGAUUUCAUUGCAUUGCAUUGCAUUGCAAUGACCACCACACUUGGAAUUGCAUAAAACAGCCCACCAAAUCAUUUAUUACAAUCAAGACUCAAGUGCCCCACCCUAAGUUCUAUUCCCAUUCUACUCUGUCCCCUUUAUCUCCUUCAUUAUCUCCUUUCUCUUUCUUCCUUCCAUACCCUCAUUUUCACUGUUGAUAAUAUUAUUAUCCAAUGGGUUUACCCUUUUUUUGUUUUUUUGUUUUGGUUUGAUAAUGUAGUGUGUGUGUGUGAGAAACCAUAUGCGUACAUUUAUAGGGUUAAAAGUUGAUGCAGUUUUGGAAGGCAUGGAAAAGCAAAGGAUUAAGCUCGUCUGAUAUUGAUGAUCUCGAUUUUCAAGAAAAUAAAAAGAAAAGAAAACAAACAUGUUGGCAAUGGAGCAAAUUUUAUCUGAACUGAAUGGCGAGGAGUUAAACGAGCAGGGUUUGCCUCCAGGUUUCAGGUUUCACCCAACUGACGAGGAACUUAUCACAUUUUAUUUGGCUUCGAAGGUUUUCAAGGGCAGCUUCUGCGGUGUGGAGAUAGCUGAGGUAGAUCUUAAUCGAUGUGAACCAUGGGAACUUCCAGAUGUUGCAAAGAUGGGGGAAAGAGAAUGGUACUUCUACAGUUUACGGGACCGGAAGUACCCAACAGGGUUAAGGACAAAUAGGGCAACCGGAGCUGGUUACUGGAAAGCCACCGGAAAAGACAGAGAGGUUUACAGUGCAUCAAAUGGAUCUUUACUUGGGAUGAAGAAGACGCUCGUGUUUUACAAAGGCAGAGCUCCACGUGGAGAGAAAACCAAGUGGGUGAUGCAUGAGUACCGCUUAGACGGCGAUUUCUCUUACCGCCAUGCCUGCAAGGAAGAAUGGGUUAUUUGCAGAAUAUUUCACAAGAACGGCGAGAAAAAGAAUUCAAUGUUCCAAUGUCAGACUUAUCUUCUGGAGUCGGCGUUAUCAUCGUCCACAACCUCCAACUCGUUGCCUCCGUUAUUGGAGACGAACCCAACAACAACAUUGGUAGAGUGUCAAUCUCAAGCCGCAAUGCAAUUGCAAUUGCAGGCUUUCCAAAACCCUUUUCAGAUUCGGCAGCCUCCUGAAAACGACCUGAAGAGGUUUAUGAGCUCAGUGAUGUCCCAAUCCAACCUCCUUUCCUCGAGCGAGCAGCUACACAAAUCCCCCACCUCAAUCAACCCCAUUAUUACGAAUGCUGCCAACAACAACAAUAACAUGUAUGCUCCGUCGCCAUCCACUCUCUUCAAGUCUCUCCUCUCACAUCAAGAUUCCACAGUACUACUAAAGCAGCAGCAGCAGCAGCAGCAACAGUUCAACAAAGCAGCGGACUCACCCAGCUUUACAACCCAUAAUUUCGAGGCCGCUGAAGCAGAGGCCAACUCAAACUUGAUGGAUAUCAAGAAGAUGAUGGUGCCAAAUGGUUCUCCUUGUUCUUACCAUCAACAUCCCUUGUUUUUUGAAACAGAAUGCAAUUCACCACCAACUCUGCCUGCCCACGUGUCUCUUCAUGACAUAUCAACUUCAAUCUCCUUCAACAGGCCCUCCUAUCAAACUAUGUUAGAUCCUCGCAUCAACAUCCUCCAUGCUCAUGGAGAAUCUUGGCCUUUAGAUGCUUAAACAUCUCUUUUCCUAUUUCUUUCUUUUUCUUUUUCUUUUUUCUAGUAAGCGUUUGUAGCGUAACGUCCAAUCUGUAUCUGUAAUCUUUUGUAUGUACCAAAUAUUUCUUUAAAAUCCAUGAUUUCCAUUUCUUUAGCUAAAAAGCUUAAA